UCUCCUACUACUGCUGCUACGAGUUUAGUAGGUUUUUGCUUACACAGCAAUUCCUGUUUCGCAAUGGAUUACUCAAAUAUCCCCGGAUACAUGCUUCAACACCUCCCACCACCACCAACAUACGCCAUCGCGGACUCGUCGACGUAUCCGAUUUCUAUGCCACAAUAUCCAGCGUCUAUGCCGCAAUACCCAGCCUCUAUGCCCCAAUAUCCAGCCUCUAUGCCCCAAUAUCCAGCCUCUAUGCCCCAAUAUCCAGCCUCUAUGCCCCAAUAUCCAACCCACCCAACCCCACCACCGCAACCGCGAAAAUACUACGCAGUAGUAACCGGACGCGUCCCGGGGAUCUACCGCGACUACCACCUCGCGAAUGCGCAGGUCGACGCGUUCACGCGGGGGGGUAUGAAGGGUUUCCCUAAUGAAGAGGCUGCGGUGCAGUAUAUGAGGGUUGGAGGUGCGAAUGGAAGUACGGGAGGGAGUGGGACUCCGGGGAGUGAGGAUGAUGAGGUGACGCCUUUGGGGACCGCUGUGCCGCCGACCAUGUAUGGGACUCCGCAUCCGGUUGAGGUUAAUAGGGGGGUGCCGCGAGGUCCUUCUGGGGAUCGGUCGCGUGAUGGAGAUUUUUACAGGCCAGUGCCGCGAGGUCCUUCGGGGUGGAGAGAAUCUCACGACAGGCCUGGGCCCCAGGGUGCUUCUGGACCUCACGGCUUCCACAACAGGCCGGCCCCUCAACAAGCCUACGUACCGAACACCACCAUUGAUUUCGACGAAGAUUUUCGCGAAUUUGCAUCCACUCAAGGCCUUAGCAAACGAGAUUUCAAAGAAAAGAGGACGAUGGCCAUAAGCGAUACAAUCAUCGACUACUGUUUACGUGGGGGCGUCGGCGUUAGCCAGCUCAGACGAGAUGGCAAAGCCCAGCUAACACACGCUCAAGUCUGCUCAAUCUUAAAAGGGAUAUGUAAUCAUUUGGGCAAAAAAGUCGGAGCGACGAUAAAGGAUUGCGUCGAGGAGAUCAAAACAAAGGCCUCAUUCGUCAACAUUAUCGAUCUAAUCAACGCAUGCCGGAAGGGGAACUCGCCGAGAACAUUCAGUAAUUGGAACGAAUUCAGAAAUCACACCCGGAAACCGGGUAACACGUUUUCGCUUGAACACGCGCGAGAUCACCCACUUCUCGCACUUCUGCUGCAGGAUCUGAGUGGGGAUCGGCCGAGCCACCAAGAUCCCAACAUUGGACGUAUAAUAGCCUCUCUCCAGGAUGUAGAGGUCAAAGGUGAAGUGCGUACGGUCACGUCCCCUGGACCACAGCCUACAAGACAGGAAGUUCCUUUGUCUACCCCUCCCUUGACUCCUUCCACGGACUGCUCCACCAGCUCCAGUCCUAUAACGCAACAGCCAUUCCACGACUCCGCUGUCAAUCUCGAGUCGUCGUCGAGUGCGCCAUCCAACGCAGUUCGACGACAACUGCCAUCGCCGCCAUCACCACAUCCUCACCUCCCCUCACAACGCCCUCCGCCAGCUACACAACAACCCACUUCCUUCUCCCACCGCCCUACUCUAUCCUCACAACGUCCUCCACCAGCUACACAACGUCCCCCCCGCUCCUCCACCCUCCAAAUCACCCACACCUCAAGAGCCCCCCCCAUCAUCAUCAUCAUCCCAACCCAUCUUCCCCUUCUCCAGCCAACCAGACAUAAUCUCCCACUCCACAAUCACCUCCCGCGCAAAAGAACUGUGUCUUGA